GUCUCUGCAAAUUGCCCAAAACGCCUUGUUUUGACAAACGCAAAGCGAUUCCCAUUUUUUUACAGAACUAGAACAGUAAACGCUCUCUCCCAUCUUCUCCAAUCUCUCUCCCUUGCCUCGGCGCCGAAUCUGCGGUCGCGAUUUCUCGUAGUCGAAAUGGACUUCCACACGCUGUCGAGGAGGGAGCUCCAGGUGCUGUGCAAGAAGAACAAGAUCGCUGCCAACAUGACCAACGUCGCCAUGGCCGAUGCCCUCACUGCUCUCCAACAUGUUGAGGGGUUGGAAGAGUUCCUAAAUCCAUCCGAACCUACCAAUGCGAUGCAAUCGCCAGAGAAAGCUCCGCCCGAAACUCCAGCUGUUCCUCGAACUGCAACUCGAGCCUCGGCUAGAGCAAAACCUGCAAAGGAUCCCGACAGCUCGCUGGCCAUGUCUCGUGCUCGUCGCAGUGCGAUGAGCAGUAGGCACGUUGCAGAUCAGGAGAACAAACAAGUCAAUCUGCCGGAUACUCCUGCUGUGCCGAUAACUGGAAAAAGAGCCGGGCUUGCCUCGGCUCGGAGAAGACAGGAGGCUAUGAAGAGAGAUGAGAAGACCGAGGAAGAAAAUCAAGUUGUGCCAAAGUCUUCGACAGUGAAGAGCACACAGAGAAAGGCUCGAGUAUCUGCAGCGCCAAGGGUAUACAGCACAAGGAGGUCAGUGAGGUUGUUGGAGAAGUCAAUGUCUGAACUGAAGCUGUCAGAGGAAAGAGCCUCAGAAGUGGAGCCAAUUAAAAUGGAUGACCUGGGUUUGAAAGAAGAAUCAGAAGAAGUCCUAGAAGAAACUGAAGAGAACAAGAAUACACUUGAUGCAGAUGCUGAUUCCCAGGCUGCAGAAGAGGAGAGUUCAGAGAAACCCGAUCAUUCAAAUAUUCAUGUUGAGAAGUCAACUGGAAUGGAGGAGAAGGAAAGAGAACUCGAAAGUCAUGUGAAUGUGAAUGUGGAGAGCAGUUGCGUUGGAGAUCUCAGCUCCCAGGUACUCCUGGAAGUUGAAUGUGGCAAAUCUGAUUGCCUGAGUGCCCUUUCUGAUUCUGAUUUGAAGGAUGAUGUCCUUGAUGAGAAGUCAGAUCAGUUGGAUGAUAACCUACUUGUGUCAAAGCUGAACCAAGAUGCGCCACCAGUAGACACUUCUGAUUUGAAAGAUGAUGUCCUUGAUGAGAAGUCAGAUCAGUUGGAUGAUAAUCUACUUGUGUCGAAGCUGAACCAAGAUGCGCCACCACUAGACACGUCCGUGCAAACUGAUGGUCACAAUGCUUUUACUGAGAUUGAGGAUCAUCUUGUAGAAGAGACAACGAACCUAGAGGUUUCAGAAGAAUUAGCUUUUGGCGAGGACAAUCAAAGUGAUGAUAUCGACAUUGAUGUGAAACCCAUGACAGAAGAGAAGCUACUGAAUGAAAACAUCCUGGAAUUUGAGGAAGAUGGCAAUAAUGAGGAAACUGUUAAAAAUGGUUUAAUGAAUUCGUUACUUCCCGAAGAGCAGAACUCUCAUCAGCAGAUGGUGGAAAAUAAUGAGGGAGUUGGUAUUUCUGAGACAAUCAUCUGUACCUCUGAUGAUUCUGCUAAACUAGUUCCUCAUAUUAUGACCAACUCAGAUCGAUUAGUCCCUCACUGCGAUGAUAUUCAGGAGCCAGUUGGGGACAAUGAUUCGGGUGUUGAAAUUCCCAUGUCCAGCCAAUUGGAAAUUUGGGACAGUGCUCCUGUUGAGCAAGAAGAAAGCAUCAAGCUUGACCAGUUGAUGUCUCCUUGUCUUGUUAGUCCAAUAAUUCAGACAGAGAAGCAUGAGGAUGAGCAAUUGGCUGAAGUCGAUUUGAUUGAAUCAGAAGAGUUCGCCAUGGAAGUCCGUGAGUGGCACAAAUCAUUGGUUGAAGCUUCUGCGGCUGCAAAUUCAUCAGAAGUGAAUGCAGCAGACAUUCAAGGAUAUGCUGAUCUUCAAGAGCUAGUUGAUCUUCAUGUGAUGCCAGAAAUGGAGUUUGUCGAAGGUACUUGUGAAUUGCCUCCAUCUGACAUUGCAGACAAGACUCCAAUUUUUGUGAGCAAAAUUAGCACACGUUCUCCUCUUGCUGCGAAUGGUAAAGUUACGCUUUCCCUGUUGACAGCUGACCGACUGCCAAAGUCUCCUGUGCUGGCGAAGUCAUCCAGUAAGAAGCAGUCCACGGUCAGAAAGAUGGCUAAUAAACUGGACAAUAACAAAGAGAACAUGGACAGUCCACGCUCCCCAUUAGCAGUAGCAGAUGACCAGCUACUGCUUGAGCUCCCUGGGCAAGUGAAGUCAUCAAGCAAGAAGCAGCCCGCACCAAGAAAGAUGACCACUUUGCUAGGUGACGACAAAGAGAAUAUGCAGAAGAGUGGCAGAAAAGUUGAGCCAAACACAGAGAAGGCGAAAAAGAAGAGCGAUGAAGGGAAGAGUAGAGAUGAGGAUAGAGUGCUGGAGUCCUUGCAAAAGAAGAGCCUCAGGCAGUUGAAAAAGAUGUUCAAGGAAAGAUCAGGAAUGCCUGAAACCGAAAGGAAGAAAGAUGCCACUGAGCAGCAACAAUUGGGGAGUGCGAGACCGGCUUUGCGAGUGCUGUCAUCAGAAAACCAAAUGGCUCUGAGUGAGGGAGAGGGUAACUGAAUCUAUGGUUUUGGGGAUGUAUGUGAUUUUGCGAGGACUUUUUCUUUAUCUGGAGGGUGCAAACCUCGGUUUGCCUCUAUUGAGUUUCUUUUCCGAUGUAAUAAGAAUCAAAUGAAGACCAUUCUGAUU